UGCUGUUGAAUCUGAAAGUGGAUGGAAGAGAAAUUGUUGAGUGAUAACAAAUCUUAUAGUUGUGUUCUGUGGUUUUGAUCUAAGUGAUACUGUUCACCAACCUGCACCUUAACAACCUACUUUGUGGGGCUGAUUGAAACCCGACUUCUACAUUGCGUGCUUCAACAGCGUUCAAUAUAGUUUUUUUUAUAUUUUGAUGAUCCAGCUUUGUCAGCAUAGUGUUUUGUAAGGGGUUACCUGAAUCAUUGGAAGAUAUUAUGCCUUUUUCGAUUAUAACGACGCAUGGCCCAAAAGGCUUUUCUGAACUUACACUAGUGCCAGAUGGUUGGAUCCAGAGUACCAGUGCUGGGAAAAGUUAUGUGUAUUGGCCCAAAGGAGACAUAGCUAAGCUGAUCAAAGUUGAAACAAGUACUCCUUCAUCUGGAUGGACGAGACAAGCGUGUGUAGUUCAAAAAUCAAAUAUUGUAUCUUUAAAACAAGGUAUAGCUAUACUUAGCGAUAUGUCAGGAGAAUCGAGUGAUGAUUCUUGUAUCAUACAAUCCGUAAAAACUAUGUAUAGGCAGCGAUUUGGCCAGAGAGCAUUAGAAAAUGCUAACAAAGUUAACGCCUUGUCUGAAAGUUGUAUACAGUUAGAAACAGACACUUUAGCUACAGGUUGCUCACAAUUCAAGACAGACACUUUAGCUAAAGGUGGUUCACAGUUAGAGAGAGACAUUUUACCUUAUGGUUGUGCACAAUUAGAUACAAAUACUUCACCCAAAGGUUGUUCACAGUUAGAGACAGACACUACGAAUGAAUUCAUGGAAUCAGCACAGCCGAGUGUUGCACCAGAAACCACUAGAAAGGAUUUUCCUUCAGUUCCUUCUCAAUUAGAGCAGAAUAAUAGCUUUUCUCCUACAAAUCAGAUGGAAAAUGCAAUCACAAGUUUGAUCGCUGUUGUAGGUGGUUUAAUUCAACAAAUCAGCGACAUAAAUUCCAACAAACUGAUAGGAUUAGAUAAAAUUGAUAAUUUAACAAAAGUACUAGAGCAGCAGGUCGUACCAACGUUAGGUGGUCUUGUAGAGGAAUUUAAAGAGUUAAAAAAAAAAGUUAAUUUAAAUACGGUACAAAUGGAUCUGUUCAUUAACAGUUUGGAGCAAGAAAACAGAAAAAGAAAAAACCCAUCAUUUUCAAUGGAUCCGAUCGAUAACCAUAAAGACUUAAAGGAUUUUGACAAAAGUCUUGAGGAAGACGAUUUUAAAACAUCUGUUAUUGAUUGGCUUACCCAUAACAUAUGUGAAACAAACAGUAAUAAUAGAAUGUUAGAUGCUUUGGAUAUGUUACUGAAUCGUUCAUUUUGUACGCAAAUUAGUUGGUCAGGACAAGGCAAAGAAAACUCGAAAAUACCGAUAAAAAUGUUUCCUAAUUUCUUAGAAGUUUUUAGAGAGAUAGGUACAACCCAUUUGACUUUGGUAACAGAUCAAUGCUUGAAAGAUUUUUUCAUAAAAAAAUUAAAGCAUAGCCAGGAAAGAUGCAUGAUUCAAGGGUUACGAAAACCUACUUCUCACAACAAAAGAUGUUGAUGUUAAGAAGUUUUUGAAUACAUUUAUUAAUUAAUAAUAAACAGAUUAAAAACUAGGUCGCAUUAUGUUUCUACAGAAUGUGUUUAAAAAUAACAGAAACGUGAAUUGCCAUAAAAAAUGAAUUCUCGUAAAACCAUUUAACUAAGGCUUACUAUACGCUCUAUAUAUUAGUUAAAUUUGAUUCAAUUUGACAUGUUUGUUUAGUUGUUAACUACAUAACUAAUUUCUAUUCUAUAAAAGUGUGUAGUAGCGGAAUGAAAAAAAAAUUGGAUCCAUCAGGUUCGACACUAUUAAUUGCUACUAGCUUACAUUUUACAUCUUCACAUCUGUAUUCGGACGCUGAACGAGUAAUUUUCUUUAUAUCACCUUCAAACGCAUGCAAUAUUUGUGAAGAAAAUGGACUAUCAAAUGCAUCAUAACAAUCAAGUAAUUUGAAACCCUGAAUAACAAUUGAUCCGUGUUCUUCAGUAGCAGAAUGGUACUUCACAAUACAAUUAUCAGUUGUCAAAAACCAAGAAUCAGGAAAAUAAUUUCUCAGUAGACAACCACUUCGUAAAUGUAACUGCAUGCUACCAUUUUUUUGAAUUUUAAGGAAAGGAAAUUGUACUCUAGUCAUAUUUAUAGGUUUAAAAUUCAUUAAUUCAAUUUUUCUAUUAGCUAUCUGUUGCAAA